UGGAGGAGUCGACGCCCAUCUUGAGCUCCACCGGGAGCUUCUACGCGAAUCGCGCGUGUUGCAUGCGAUUCAGCAACUGGCUGCUGCUCGGGUUCGCGAUCGCCUUUCUCAGUUACCUCUGCAUCGGUGCGCUCAUUUUCGGCCUCGUGGAGUCCCCGGCCGAACACAAGAUCGAGGAGGAACUCCUCGAAAAGAAGCAGUUGUUCCUGAAUCUCCACCCAUGUGUCACAGAGGACGCCCUGGAGGAGCUGAUCGAGCUGAUCGAGAAGGCGAACAACCGCGGCGUCUCCGCGAGCAGGAACUUCACCCGCGAACCCAACUGGAGUUUCGGUCAGGCGUUUUUCUUCUCCGGGACCGUCGUCACCACCAUCGGCCGUAAAUUCGUAUAG